AUGAAAAAGAAGAGUAUCUGUUUUUUUGUCUUGAUUCUUUGGUUAUUGGUUGCCAUCAUCACAUCAACUCUGGCGGCCACCCAAACAAAAUCACAAGAUACAUUCAUUGAUGCUUUUAGGCUUAUCCAAUAUGAUAAAGGAUCCCAACCAUUUGGUUGUCGUGUUACUGGAUUGAAUUCUCCGAUUACGACUCAAAGAUUGGGAGGCUCUUCUGCUCUUUCCGCUGCCCGGAAUGUCAUCAUGAUGAAAAUUGAAGAAUUAUUAUCAUCCAACAAGACAAGUGUUCAAUCAAUUUUAAAUAGAGAAGAUGUGAGUGGAUUGUUGAUUGUACUUCCACCAAAAGAUGAUGAAAUUUCCCCAAAUUCCAUUGACCAAUCCAGAAAUAUUGAAAAACAAUUUCUAGUCUCCACCUUUGAUAAGCCUAUUUAUUUCAUUUUUCAGAAUGAAAAGACUUCCGAAAUGUUAAGCUAUUUUGAAAAUUUGAGUGAAUUUUCGUUGUUGAGUGAGUCCUAUCAAGCAGUCGUUUCGGAAGGAGAGGCAAAGCCAAUUGACCAAAUUCCUGUUGUUAAUAUUUUCUCUACAUUACAGGGCAAGCAAACGGAAAAGUCUCAAACCAUUGGAAUUGUUGCUCAUUAUGACUCGGUUAGUUCAAUUCCAGGCUUGGCAACUACUUUCAAUGCUGAUGGAAGUGGAAUGAUUGGUUUGUUAGAGGUUUCAAGAUUAUUCCAAAAACUCUAUUCUAUACCAUCAACAAAAGCCUCUCAUAAUUUAUUAUUUAUUUUAACGGGUGGAAGUAGAUUGGGUUUUGCUGGAACUAAACACUGGAUCAAACAAACAGGCCCAAGAUUGGUAAAUCAGUUAGACUUUGUUUUAUGUUUAGAUAGUCUCACCUCACGUGUAAAUUCUCGUGAUGAUGAAUCCUUCAAGUUAUUUAUGCAUAUUUCUGAAAAGACCAACGAUAAGAAUGUGAUUAAUCUAUACAAACAUUUUGUAUCUACCGCUAAACAAUUACAGAUUGGUCUUCAAUUUAUUGAAAAGAAGAUUGAUAGAGAAUUAGUUUGGGAGCAUGAAGUUUUCGCCAAGAAGGGAAUUGUGUCUGCAACCAUUUCAGCACAAUCUGUGCCAUCCUCUUCAAUGUUAACACGAACCAAUUCUCUAGACAUUUCUAAAGUGGAUAUUGAUCAAUUAAGAAAGUCCAUCAAAUUAGUUUCUGAGGCAUUAGCCCGCCAUCUCUAUGAUAUUGAUCAUAACAUUAGAUUUUUUGAAGAUGAAAAUGAUAAAUUUAUUAGGGCAUUCAUUAAGAAUGUGGAGAAUACUUCAAGAUUUACACCAACCCUUUCAAAAGAGAGUGAUUUAGUCAAAACUCUUAAAUUGACUCUCCAACAAUUUACAAGUAAUGACCAAACGGUUCAAACUCAAGAUUUUCUUUUGAGCAACUCUGCUUACAAAUUCUAUACGAAUAUCAAAGUUAAAUUAUCUCUUCUCAAAGUGACACCAAUUACAUUUGAUUUGAUUCUCAUUUCCUCAGUAAUUAUUUAUUUAUUAUUCUUGCACAUUGUGCUUGUGGGUCCAAAACAAGUGUUAUUCAAUAUUGCUUCUUUGUUCGAAAAACAAGAAAGAAAACGAAAGUAA